CACUGGGCCUGUCUGCCCCUCGCGUGGGCACCUGCUCUCUCCUUCCCUGGGGCUGUCAGCCAGUUUGUAAGCUGAGGGGUCACUGACGGCUGGAAAGGCGGGAGUGCUAACACUUGGCCACUUUAUCUCACGGGAGCCGGGGUUAAACUGCCACCCUCACCUCCCCGCCCACGCAAGGACGACCUCGGCGAAACUGACCCAAAGCCCACGUCCCGAGAACUGUUGGCCAACAAAGAUAAAAAGCGUGCAAGGGGUGGAGCCUGAGAAUCAGAUACCGCGAGAAGUGGUCUCCUGAAGAGGCUCCGACAAGCGCAGGCGCACUACAGCUCCCGCCCCUGCCGCAAAGGUGGCUGCCACUGGAGAAGGCGGAGCCGGGCCGCUGGCAUAAAGCUCGCGAGAUUUGGACGCGUCACCGCACCUCCUUCCGGUCAGGAACCGGAAGUGCAGUGAGCGGGGCGUCUCUGGCGCUGGCUCUGCCGUGGCACCGCGCCGCUGGGCCCGGUUGCUGCCGCGGCUUCUCGGGUCCCGUUUUGCCUCGCCUACUCUGGGCCGAGGUGAUGGGGGACUCCAAGGAGGCUGGGGCCGAGUCGCCGCCGGCCGGGGCCGCUGCUCGGGGAGGGCUCAGCCUCCUGUCCCAGGGAGAAUCCGAGGAACCUUCAGCACAGGGAUCAGCUUUAUUUCUUGGAGGCAAUGAAGUGAAGAGCCGAGCUGUGGUGAAAUACUCUUCUGCCCCUCCUCGAACAGCAUUUGCACGCCUUGAAGAGAAAACAGACUUGAAACUCCCACCGGCCAACUGGUUGCGAGAGAGUGCCAAACUAGGGCCGGCAGGAACUACCAUUCUUGGCAAUAGUAAGAAAAGCAAGCCAUUUUCAAGCUUUGGAAUGGCGUACGACUUUAUUGAUUCUGUGGGAAAUGAUGUGGACGUCGUUUCUGACUCUGAAAACAUAAAAAAGCUCCUGAAGAUUCCCUACAGCAAAUCCCACGUGAGCAUGGCCGUACAUCGCAUCGGAAGGACUCUCUUAUUAGACGAGUUAGAUAUCCAAGAGCUCUUUAUGAGAUCGUCUCAGACCGGUGACUGGACGUGGCUGAAGGAGUUUUAUCAGAGACUUAUCGAUCAGAAGUGGCAGAGGAAGAAGAAGAGCAAAGAGCACUGGUAUCAGAAGGCUAUUCUUUCCAAGUUUUUAUAUUACAGUAUCAAUGGCGAUGGAGCUGCUCAGCCCGUCCCCUCUGCUGCGGAACAGCAGGGACCGUCCAGUUCAGAUCAGGCCACUGACUCCGAUGGGGCUUCCUGGCCCGCCCCCUUUGAAAUGCCUUCUUCAGUCUCUGAGGAUCCCAGUGCUUCCGGUCAGGGAAGUGAGCCUCUUGAACCCUCAUACAUAGUGGGGCAUGUGGCCUCAGCACCCAAAGAACAAAACCUGACUACUUUAUUCAAUGACGGGGAGAACAGUCAGGGUCUUAAAAACGAUUUCGUCCGGAACAUCUUAUGGACAUUUGAAGAUAUACACAUGUUAGUUGGCUCCAACAUGCCUAUAUUUGGAGGAGGCAGAUACCCAGCAGUCAGCCUACGUCUCAGGGACAACAACAAGCCGAUUAAUGUGCUAACUGGAAUUGACUAUUGGUUGGACAACUUGAUCUGCAACGUACCAGAGCUUGUGAUGUGUUUCCAUGUAAAUGGAAUUGUACAGAAGUAUGAAAUGAUAAAAACAGAAGAGAUUCCCAAUUUGGAAAACUCGAACUUCUCUACGAAGGUCAUAAAAGACAUUGCACAGAAUAUUUUAUCGUUUCUGAAAUCUAACUGUACCAAAGAAGGACAUACCUAUUGGCUGUUUAAAGCAAGUGGGAGUGAUAUAGUGAAGCUCUACGAUCUCACUACUCUUUGUGAAGAAACUGAAGACAAGUACCAAAAUCCGUUCACAAUGCCGGUGGCUAUUCUCUUAUAUAAGGUUGCUUGCAACAUGAUGAUGAAGAAGAAUCAAAAUAAGAAACACUACGGGACUAUUAGAACAUUGCUUCUUAAUUGUGUUAAGUUGUUGGACAAAAGCAGACAUCCUCAAAUUAUUGCUUCAGCCAAUUACAUGCUUUCAGAACUUUUUCAAUUAGAUGAACCUAAAAAAGAAGAAAGUUCAGAAUCUCCUUUAAAUGAAAAUUCUGAUGAAAGUUACAGUGAAGAGGAGGAAGAGCUGGCAGACAGCGAUGAAAAUGGAUCCUAUGGCACCGGUUCUGAUCCAUCGGAUGAUAACAAAGCAGUAGCUAUCAUUAAGUCUGUUGGAGAAUUGUCAGUUCCGGAGAAAUACAAAUCCAUUCAUCAAAUCCGACCUAGUUGCACCUUUCCGGUUUGCCAUGACACCGAGGAGCGCUGUAGACUUGUGCUCAGCUAUGUUCUGGAGGGGCUAAAAUCUGUGGAUAGCAGCAUUAAAAAAGAAAGCGAUCUUCCUGCAGCUGACCCCAACACCCCGAUCCCAUUAAAAUAUGAAGAUGAAUCCACAAGGGGGGGUCCUGAGGGUCUGGAGAAGCAGAUGGCCUUGUUUUUGGACAAAAUGGGCUCCCUUCAGAAGGGUAAUUAUUCCAGUCAAUCUGGAAUGAUCCCUGGUUCUUGGCAACAUAAAAUGAAACUCCAGCUGAUUCUCAAGUCAUCAAAGGCCUAUUAUGUUUUGUCUGAUGCUGCCAUGAGUCUUCAGAAAUACGGAAGAGCGUUACGAUACAUUAAAUUAGCUUUGCAGAGCCACGAUACUUACUGCUGCCUCUGCACCAAUAUGCUUUCUGAAGUGCUGCUGUUUCUUUCUCAAUAUUUGACGCUCUGCGGUGAUAUCCAACUAAUGCUGGCCCAGAACGCAAACAACAGAGCCGCACAUCUUGAGGAGUUUAAUUAUCAAACAAAAGAAGACCAGGAGAUCCUGCACAGCCUCCACAGGGAGUCCCCGUGUCAAGGAUUUGCAUGGGCAACUGAUUUGUCUACAGACUUAGAGAGUCAGCUUUCAGUUAGUUGUAAGUGUUAUGAAGCUGCUAAUGAAAUCUUGCAAUUUAGUGACUUAAAAAGCCAAAACCCAGAACACUAUGUACAAGUAUUGAAGAGAAUGGGUAAUAUCAGAAAUGAAAUCGGUGUGUUUUACAUGAAUCAGGCAGCUGCACUUCAGAGUGAGAGAGUAGUGAGCAAGAGUGUGUCUACUGCGGAGCAGCAGCUGUGGAAAAAAAGCUUUUCUUGUUUUGAAAAAGGAAUCCACAACUUUGAGUCAAUCGAUGAUGCUACAAACGCUGCCCUUUUGUUGUGUAACACGGGGAGACUCAUGCGAAUUUGUGCGCAGGCGCACUGCGGUGCCGGUGAUGAAUUUAAGCGGGAGUUUUCACCGGAAGAAGGCUUGUAUUAUAAUAAGGCUGUUGAUUACUAUUUGAAAGCUCUAAGGUCCCUGGGAACGCGAGACAUACACCCAGCCGUUUGGGAUUCAGUGAAUUGGGAACUGUCCACUACUUACUUUACUAUGGCAACUCUGCAGCAAGACUACGCGCCAUUAUCUAGAAAAGCUCAAGAGCAGAUUGAAAAAGAAGUCAGUGAGGCUAUGAUGAAGUCCCUGAAACACUGUGAUGUGGACUCGGUGUCUGCUCGACAGCCUCUUUGUCAGUAUCGAGCUGCGACCAUCCAUCACAGGCUGGCGUCCAUGUACCACAGUUGUCUGAGAAAUCAGGUUGGUGAUGAACAUCUUAGGAAGCAGCACCGGGUGCUCGCAGAUCUUCAUUACAGCAAAGCUGUUAAGCUUUUUCAGCUUCUGAAAGAUGCUCCUUGUGAACUACUUAGAGUGCAGUUAGAAAGAGUGGCGUUUGCGGAGUUUCAGAUGACCAGUCAGAAUAGCAACGUUGGAAAAUUGAAAACACUAUCUGGGGCUCUUGAUAUAAUGGUGAGAACUAAACACGCAUUCCAGCUCAUCAGAAAGGAGCUUGUAGAGGAAUUUGACCAGCCGAAGAGUGAUGAGAGCGCUCCAGCCGCUGAUCCUUCGCCUGGUCUCAGUCGAGAAGAAGUGAUCAAGCUCCUCAGUAUAUUUGAAUCUCGGUUGUCAUUCCUUCUCCUUCAGUCCAUCAAACUGCUGUCUUCAACUAAGAAGAAAACGAGUAAUACCGAAGAGGAUGUAGUCCUCAAAACCAACAAGCAGAUUUACUCCCAGCUUUUGAGAGCUACCGCUAACAGAAACUCCACUCUUCUGGAAAGGAUCGACGUCCUCAUCCAGUUGCUGGAUCAGCUUGCUCGCGGCGGCAGUGGCGGCCAGUGACUCGGCCUGAAGCUCCGUCCGCAGAGACGCUGUCAGUGCCUUCUGCUCUUGGGGGCCGGUUUGUCCAUUCGGUGCUUCGUGUCAUUAAAUAGGAGGGAAAGCCUCUCCUGUCCCUAAAGACAGGCACAGCAGUGGAAACACAGUUCUCUUUUCCCGUCGCGGACACAUCGCGGUUGAGUUCUUUGCUUCAUUUGAAGUGAAGGCAGAACCAGACUGAAAGCCCCCGGCGUUGGUUUUCAGAGACAUACGUGGUGCCUCCGUGUUCACACCCUUGCUGUGAUGCAGCUGCACUUGUAAACAGGUUUCAAGUCUGUUGGGCUCCAUGGGUUUAAGACAGAAUUAUUUUGGAUGAUGUUACCGUGGUCAGGGGAACUUGGAUCCAGAUGCCUUUAGUGGUUCAGGUGGGUUCAAGAAACAUCCUGCGUCUGCGGCGCUUCCCGGUCGCACGGAAGGCGGCCCGCCCUCCCCCCGUGUCGCGGGCUCUGCGGUGUUGAGUUUGGGGCGCGCUCUGAGAGCGCCCGCUUCUCUCUGACUGGCUAGGACAGCUGAUCGAGGAUAGGUACUGCUCCCUCUUUCUUUCAUUGUAAACUGGAAACUGUGAAUAAGGUAAGAAAACUAUUUUGAAUAAAUAAAUUAUUUAUUUAAAAUGUC